AUGGAAGACGUUGUUGAAUACCUCCGAUUGUCGCUCAAGGUCUAUACGCAAAAGCAAUCCGUGGACACUCGCCUAAAGAUUGUGCGGACGAAAUACCAGUUCUCCCAAGUGCUGCAUAAGUCUAGUGAAACUGAAGAGCGUGAUGAACUCAAGGCCGAGGCCAAGCAUCUACGAUUUCAGUUGACCAGUAAGAAGCCAGGAGAAGACGAGUUGCAGGAAGCAUAUGAUGAGCUCAUUGCCUACUUCUAUCGUUGA